UAACCCAAUUCCAAUCGCUUCAUAUUAAUCAACCUGAAUCAAACCUUAAAUAGGAAUCUCAUCGCAAUGUCUAAGCAUUAAUUGGGACAAUCAGCUGACAAAUUAUUUGCACAAAACAGAUGUGUGGUUAUUAUAAUUUUUCAUGGCAGUGGAUUCCAAUUUUUACAUGGUUGUCAUGAUAUAAUCGUCAGACAAAUUAGAGAUCAAUAUUUAUUAGAUUAAGUUAGUGAUUUGGAUAUAAAUUGAUGGAACUUUUCCAAUUUCAAGAUAUUAAUUGACUUGGAUUUCGCCGAGUUAAACCAUGGAUAGAUUACUUCCAUGUACAAUAGUUUUGUUACUUUUCAUCAAUGCAGUUAAAACUGAUGGUUGCCACAAAAGAAAAUUCAAAGAUGAUUCUUUCGUUUGUGUUUGCAAUGAACUUGAAUGUGAUUCAUUUGAACCAGUGACUAAUCCACCAAAAGGGUUGAUUUACUCUUAUGUAUCUGAUAGAGAUGAGCAUCGAUUCCAUAAAGAUACAUUAGAUCCUAAGACGCUUGUUAAUGCAGUUACAGCUGAUUCCAUUAAAUUAUCCAUAAAUGUUAACGAAACUUAUCAACAAAUUAUUGGUUUUGGUGGUUCUUUUACCGAUGCUGCUGGAAUUAACAUUAAAUCACUUCCAGAUAAAUUGGUCUUGGACCUGAUUCGUGAUUAUUUUGGUAAAGAUGGAUUGGAGUAUAACAUGGGCCGAGUAACAAUUGGUGGAGCUGAUUUUUCAACUCGUCCUUACACUUAUCAAGAUGAUUACCAAGAUUUGAACUGGACUCAUUUUGCACUGGCUGAGGAGGAUUUAGUAUACAAGAUUCCUUAUAUUAAAAUUGCAAAUGAUUUUUCUGGAGGCUUGAAAUUAUUUGGCAGUAUGUGGUCACCUCCAGCUUGGAUGAAAUAUCAACAAAGGAUAAAUGGUACAGGAACCUUGAUUGGUGAUCCAGGAGAAAUUUAUUACAAAGCAAUGGCCAGUUACAUGGUAAAAUUUCUAGACGAAUAUAAGAAACAUGGAGUCGAAUUUUGGGGAAUAACUACUUUGAACGAACCAAGUGCUGGUGGCAAACCUGAUUACGCUUUCAACUGUCUUGGAAUAUCUCCUGAACAAAUGACUAAAUGGAUAGCUAAAGAUCUUGGCCCAAUCCUCAAAGCUGCUGGUUAUGGCAAGGAUAAGCUUAAAUUAUUGAUACUUGAUGACAAUGUGUCAUUGCUAUUUCUUUAUGCAUCAAGAGUGUUUAGUAACUACGAAGCAUCACAAUAUGUUUCUGGUAUUGCUGUUCACUGGUAUGAGAAUGCACAGUUUGGUUUUGAUGGAUUUGACAAAACUCAUCAAUUUUUCCCCGAUUAUUUGAUGCUAUCGACUGAAGCAUGUACUGGUGCGGGCUCAGACGAUCCAGGAGUGAGACUUGGUUCAUGGAAGAGAGGUGAAGAAUAUGCAAAUGAUUUAGUUGGAAAUAUGAAUCAUUGGAGUUCAGGUUGGGUGGAUUGGAAUCUCGCUCUUAACUCGAUUGGUGGACCUAACUGGGUAUCUAACUUUGUCGAUGCGCCAAUAAUUGUGAACGCUGAAAAACAAGAAUAUUAUAAGCAACCGAUGUACUAUGCACUGGCUCAUUUCAGUAAAUUUUUGAAACCAGGAUCAACCAGAUUAGGUUUUAAAGUUACUAAUCCAAAUGAUAAUGUUAGAACGACUGUAUUUAAAACUGACCAAAAUCAACUUGUUGUUAUUACUGUAAACAGUAAUGAUCAUGCUGUCAACUUGACAUUCGAAGGUUUUGCCGAAAAUCCCAUCGGUUUAACUCUCGGACCCCGUUCAUUCCGAACACUUGUCAUUAACAAAAGUUGAUUAAACAAAAUCCACACGACUCAUCUUCCUGUUGUUAUAUUUUAUUAAUGCGAUAAUAUAAAAAAAAUAUUAGAAACA